AUGGAUAAAGAAAUUGAACUUCUGCAUCAAUUCGUUGAUCUGUGCAAGAGAAAUCCUGGUUUGCUGCAUGAACCAAAAUAUGCUUUCUACAAGGAAUACCUUGAAAGUCUUGGUGCAACAAUACCACCGUUGCCAAAGAAAGAAGAGAAGCCCAAAGAACCGGAGGUUCACGAGGACGAAACCAUGGAUGAACCAGAACCACCGGUUGAAUUGGAUAUGAGCGGUGUUAUAGAGGGUGAAAAAGACGAACCAUUGCCGAUGGGCGAUAGCGGCAAAGAGGUUAGCGAUGAAGAUCUCGAAAAAGCGAACGAAGAACGAAAUCAGGCUAUGGAAGCAUUCAAUGAAGGUUGUUUUUGUGAAUUUCAAUUUACACUUGAUUGGUGGUCGCGUUUUGCAUAUCAUAAGCGAAACGUUCUUACGGAUAGUACACAGUUUUUCUCGGAACAUUGA